CUCCGUCCUUCGUCCGUCAUACGAGGAGGCCUUUGUGCGAAGGAUUCGGACAAAGGAGGAGAGAGCUUCAUAGCAAAACCGCAAAACAUGCAUGACCGAUGGACGCACGCGCACAUGCAUUCUUGCCCGGCGGCCUCAAGACGACGUCCAUUCGGCGAGUCGUGUGGCCGAAGAUGCUCGGCCUCCAUACGUCAGGACUCGACGAUGGAAGCUGGCUGUCUGUGGCAGAGGAACCACUGAAAGAUGGACGCCAAGUGGAAGUACGCACCUGAAAUCACACACAUCACACACACAAUCCUGAUGCUCGGGUCCUUCCUUUCAUUCAGCUCGAUGUGGUGCGCUCGGUGGCCUACUGGGACAUUCACCGGAGGCUGUCAGCUGCCGAAAGGGGAGAGAAGAGGGCUCUUUUAUCUUGUGUGCUCAGGGCGAUUCUGCACCGUCAUUCAUCGCGCUUGCGGUACUGCCAGGUGAGCGGAGAAGGACAGCCAGAAGGCGCCACGCAGACAAGCACGAAGAGGGGGAUAGCCUGUGCCUGUGCCUGCUGUUCUCACACAGGGGUUCCAUGACGUGUGUUCCGUCUUCUGUGAGGUGUUUGGCUUCCCAGCAGCCUUCCACGUGGCAGAGAGGUUCACUCUGUAUUAUGUGGCUGACUGCCUCGGCGCACCAUUUGUCGACGCUGUGAUGCCGCUGCUGCGCCUCGUUGGCACUGUUGUCGACCAAGCGGACAGAGAGGUGGGGGAGAUCUUCCGGCGAACCAAGAUGGAGAUGCAGUUUUGUGUCCCCUGGCUGAUCACGCACUUCUGCCACGUCCUCCCGAGCUUCUGGCAAGUCGCCCGUCUGUUUGACUGCUUCCUUGCCGCUCCCCCCUGCUUUGUCCUCUACCUGUCGGCUGCUAUCGUCCUCUCCCAGAAGGAGCGCCUGCAGAAGGUCAUUCACCACAGCCACGGUGACGCUGAGGGAGAGUCGGGGUGCUACUUCGCCGAGAUCCAUUUUCUCUUCCAGUCCAUCGAUUGGGGGAGGCUGCCGCUCGAGAGAAUUAUCAAGAAGGCGAGGUAUCUCAUGGAGCAUGUGGUGAUCCCGGACCGGCUGAUACGAGUGGCCGAGAGGCGUGGGAUCUUGCUGCCCCCCUUCUCCCCCAUUUACCACUCCCGGCUCCCUUGGUUUGUCACUCGGCACCCAGUUAUCGUCACCCUGCCGAUGCCAAGUCUGUCUGCGUCCCCCGCAGAGUCGGCAGCUGAUGAUGAUGACGAUGCGUGUCACUGUCUUAGCAAGGAGACUUCGGCGAUUGUAUCAAGGUGGCGGAGAAGAGCUGACACGAGCCGUCACCGUUUCCGACCGUUACUCGCCUCGACUGACGUCCGCGGCUUGUCGGCCUCGCGCCCUCCCCCCUCAUCUCUUCGCUCGUGUUGCCCUCCCGUCUAUCGGCACCCAAGCAUGUGGGACACUCAGGGUCGCCCCGCCACGGCUGUCAAGCGAGGCCAUGUGUGGGGAUGGAUUCGGCUGGCGACGUCACUCGGCACGCUGAGGGGCAUCAGAGGGAUGAUCAAGGGGAUCUGGUCCUCUCCAUCAAUGCGGCGGGCAGCGGCCGUGUUCCUGUUCCCCGUGCUGGUGGCGGCCUUUGUCAGGCUUUUCGUGAGAUGAAUGUGUCGACUCUCUAUCUUUCGUCUCGUUGAAUGUAACGUAGUUGUGGCAUUUGAGGUUGUAUCGACGCUUGAGACCAUAGAGAUGCACACACACACACGUGAAUCAUACAGAGUCAGAACAAGUACAGCGGGCGGACCAACAUGCCUGAACCUCAUGCGGCGAGCA